CUAUUUACAUAGCUAUAUGUAAUUUUUCUUAAUUCUUCUAACAAAAAUAACACUAAAUCUAAGCCCAAUACACCGAUUCCAAUUCAGAAGCCCAUCUUAUUCUCCAAGGCUCCUCUCCUUCACUCGCUCAUUGCCAUUGCCUUACACCGACGGCAGCGACCACUCCCGCCACCUUACAAUUCUCGGCCACCCUCCCUCUCUCUGCCUCGCACCCACGACAGUCACCAUCCCUCCCACCUUACCUUGCUCGGCCAACCAACACGGCAGUCAGCAUCCUUCUUCGGCGUCACACUUACGGCAGCCACCGUCCCUUUCUCGGCCACUCAAAACUUUAGCCAUUUUUUAAGUUUCGAAUUUCAGCCGAGAAAUUUAGAGGGUAUAAAUGUAGAAACAUUGCCUGGCCUGCAACACACAUGGCUGAUGCCUACGCUUCCUCUGCAGAUGAUGGCCAUAUCGCCUGUACAGUACCUCUUUCUCUAUAAGAACAAUAGAAUCCAAUCUAACAAAAAGUAAAGAGUCAUAACUCAUAAGUCCAUAGCCUCUUUCUAUUACUUGCAGAGUUUCAAUAUCAAGAAGCCAUUAAAGCCAAAAGCUUUUUAUUUUUUUUCAAAUGGCUGCCCUACUACAAAAACCCAUCCUCAGAACAUUCUCAACCUUGGUAAAACCCUUACAACUACCACAUUGCAACAGUUUUUGGGUUCUCUUUUCCUCUCCAAAGUCGUUCUCUAACCAUGGUGUUGUACCUUUGGAAAUUCAAGAAGAAGCUUUUGGAACUCCAAGCCGGGAAUCAGUUUCAUCAGAUUCAUUUUUAGUGGAGAAAAUUCUACAGGGUUUGAACCAAGGUAAUCCCAAUUCAUUGCGCAAUUGUCUAUUUCAGUUGAACCCAUUAGUUGUAGUUGAAGUACUUAGUAGGUGCCGUGAAAAUUUUCAACUGGGUAUGAAGUUUGUUGAUUUGAUUUUGUUGAAUUGUCCCAAUAUGAAGUAUUCUUCACAGUCCUUGAGUGUAAUGAUUCACAUUCUGGUGCGUGGUCGGAGGUUGUCCGAUGCACAAGCGUUGGUGCUUAGAAUGGUGAGGAGGAGUGGCAUUUCACGAAUUGAAGUUGUUGAAUCCUUUGUUUCAACGUGCAUAAUUUUUGGUUCGAAUCCUUUGGUGUUUGAUUUAUUGGUUAGGACUUAUGUGCAAGCUAAGAAGUUGAGAGAAGGAUGGGAAGUGUUUCAAAUAUUGAGAAGCAAAGGUUUUCAUGUCUCUAUAAAUGCUUGUAAUAGUCUUCUUGGAGGGCUUGUAAAAGUUGGGUGGGUUGACUUGGCAUGGAAAGUAUAUGAAGAAGUUCUUAGAAGUGGAAUUGAGUUAAAUGUUUUUACGCUUAAUAUCAUGGUUAAUGCUUUGUGUAAAGAUGGAAAAAUUGGUGAUACCAAGUCGUUGUUGUCGAACAUGGAAGAGAAAGGGAUUCUUCCGGAUAUAGUGACAUACAAUACUUUGGUCAAUGCCUAUUGUCGCCAAGGGCUUUUGGAAGAGGCAUUUUAUUUAUUAAACUCUAUGUCAGGUAAAGGGUUCAGACCUGGACUUUUCACUUACAACACUAUGAUAAAUGGCUUGUGUAAAUUCGGAAAAUAUGCAAGAGCAAGGGAAGUUUUGGAUGAGAUGGUGCAAGUUGGAUUGAGUCCUGAUACGUCUACAUACAAUGCAUUGCUUGUUGAGAGAUGUAGAAAAAAUAUAGUAUUGGAGGCCGAGGGGAUUUUUCAUGAAAUGACAAGUCGAGGUGUUUCCCCUGAUUUAAUUAGUUUUAGUGCUCUUAUUGGGAUGUUUACAAGAAAUGGAAAUCUUGAUCAGGCACUAGGAUAUUUUAGAAGUUUGAAAAAUGCAGGAUUGGUUCCAGAUAGUGUGAUUUAUACUAUCCUAAUAGAUGGAUAUUGUAAAAAUGGUCAAAUGUCAGAGGCAAUGAAAAUGAGAGAUAAAAUGCUGGAGCAAGGCUGUGUUAUGGAUGUGGUGACAUAUAACAUUAUUAUGAAUGGAUUGUGUAGGGAGAUGAUGCUUACUGAUGCAGAACUUUUGUUCAGUGAGAUGACGGAAAGGGGUGUGAUUCCUGAUUUUUAUACUUUUACCACACUGAUUCAUGGGUAUUGCAAGGAUGGGAAUAUGAGGAAAGCGCUAAAUUUGUUCCGUACCAUAACUGAAAGAAAUCUGAAGCCUGACAUUGUCACAUACAAUAUAUUGAUUGAUGGUUUUUUCAAAGGUGGUGAAAUAGAGAAAGCUGAGGAAUUAUGGGAUGAUAUGAUCUCCAGAAGUAUAUUUCCUAAUCACAUUUCAUAUGGCAUUCUAAUAAAUGGAUUCUGCAGCGUGGGUAAUGUACCUAAGGCAUUGAGGUUGUGGGACCAAAUGGUGGAAGAAGGUAUAAAACCUACCCUUGUGACUUGUAAUACUGUCUUAAAGGGGUACUGCAGGACGGGUGAUGUGGCAAAAGCAGAUGAGUUUUUGAGCAAAAUGAUUACCCGGGGAGUUAUUCCUGACAGCAUUACAUACAACACUUUGAUUAAUGGAUACAUAAAAGAAGAGAAUCUGCACAAAGCUUUUGUUUUGACUAGCAAGAUGGAAGAUCAAGGGUUGUUGCCAGAUGUGAUUACAUACAAUGUUAUUUUAAAUGGAUUCUGUCGGCAGGGUAGAAUGCAAGAAGCUGAGCUAGUAAUGCAGAGGAUGAUUGAAAAAGGUGUGAAACCUGAUAAAUCAACGUAUACAUUAUUGAUUAAUGGACAUGUAUCCCAGGACAACUUGAAAGCAGCAUUCCGCUUCCACGAUGAUAUGCUGCAGAAAGGUUUUGUACCAGAUGACAAGUUUUAAUGAUCAAUUCUUGGAGCUGAAGGGACUUGUUGUAGUAUCAUGGAACCUCCAUAUAUAUUAAUUUUCUUGGCUGUUCAGAGGUGGUGUCAUAUUCAAGUCCAUCCUUGUUUCUAGGAGGCUGAUGGUCUUGCAUAGUGUGAAGUCAAUAAAAUGUUACUUCAUCUAUAGAAGACGAAAAGCUUCUCAAUUAAGCUAUUCUCAAUGGACAAUGCUGUUUAGGAAUUCUGGAUGUGCUCCUGUGAGAUAAAUGGGAAAAGGACAGAUUUUUGGAGCUUUCGGCGUUGAGCAAGUCCUGUCAAUCAAUGGUUAGAAGACAAGCUCCAGUUUUUCAUUUUAGCAAGAGUAUAUUUAAAAAGGUUGGAAGCUAGUCGGUGAUUGCAUUUGACAAGUGCGUAUGGAUUUCUUAAUAAUCCUGAUGAACCUUUUGACAAGUCAAACAGCUGCUUGACUCCAAUGUUUUCUACUUUUACCUCUGAAUACUGUCUGGGACACCAACUAGCAAGUCAUUUUGCUGGUUUUGGUUGCUGAAUAUGCUUUUGGACACCACCCAGAAACUCAUGUUGCUAGUUUGGUUGCUGAAAAUAAUCUAGGACACCUUCUUGCAACUUAUAAUAAAGGUUUGGUUGUUGAAUAUGGUCUACAUGUAACCUAUGUUGCUAGUUUGUUGAAAACUGUCUCGGAUACCAAACAGAAGCCUGUAUUUCUGGUUUGAUUGAUGAAAAUGAUCUUGAACAACAUCCAAAAAUCAAUGCUGCUGGUUUAGUUGCUAAAUAUGGUCUUGGAUACCUCUUAGCAACCCAUGUUGCUGAUUUUGGUUGUUGUAUAUAGUAAUGGAUACUUACCAGCAACUCAUGUUGCUAGUUUUCUUUGCUUAAAACGGUUCAAGAUACCAACCAGAAAUCCAAGUUUUUGUUACUGAAAAUGCGGUAAAACACUUAUCAGAAAACCAUGUUUCUGGUUUUGGUUGCUAAA